AUGCAUGAAAGAAGAAUUCCGACGCUAGUUUCGCUCUGUCAACGAGUCGCUGCAGUCCAUGUAGACUGCAUUAGCAGCUUGGGAGACGAACUCCGUUAUGACCUCGUUAAGCCCAUUCUCGAGCGGUGUACCGUCGACCAACUUCUCAGGCUGGAGCAAGCCUCUCCGCAUCUUGAGCGAGAUACACCGGGCAUCUGGAAGCAGUUGUGUUUUAAGUCUUACCCUGCGGCUGCUGAUCGUUACAAUUCGGGUGAACUACCUGAACCCGACUCCUGGCGAGACAAAUACUUUGCUCUCGUGGAGGAGGAGGAACGUCGGAUAGAAGAAAUCGGAAACAAACUACGGCGGCAGCGUCAAGAAGCGGACGAACGAAGGAAGGAGCAAGAAAUUAAAUAUACCACCCAGGUCCCGACGGCCAAACGGAAAUGGGGCGUUGCCGCUCCUCCGAAGACGCUAUUUCAGAAGACUAGGUCGGAGGCCUCACGCUUGCAGAAGAAUAUCUAUCGCAAACCCAUGCUACCAUCUAUGCCAAAUGGCGGGAAAAGCUACCGAGUACUACCGCCGAACAACUCCGCCCUCCUGCCCACUUCCCAAACGAGUGGGAGUUCGAGUCGUGUUACUGUCACCACCGUUGUUCACAAAGUCCCUACCUCCACUGCCAAGCCGAUCAGCAAAUCCAUCGCGUCGGGCUCAAACUCGUCGGCCAUAUCUGGACUCCACAACACCGCUCCUUCAACUUCUACCCUCAAACCGCCACCGAGCAUCUCACCAGAGAAACGUGACGAACCUCCGCGUAAGAAACAGCGACCAAACCCCACCGAGGCCUCUGGACCAUCUCCCCGCAAGCAACGCGACCCUGGCGCCUCAUUAUUCAUGCCUAAACACCGUGCUUAUUCGCAACGUGUCAGUUGA